GUAGAAAUAGGCGGGGUUUAGCCGAUUAUGACAUUGUGGAUGUGGUAACUAACUAGUGACAACCGAGAAAAAGGCGAAAGCUAGCUGAAAAAUAAUAGUUCACUUGUUCGGUUUUACAAGUCAAUAAUGGCUGAAGACGAAGAUGAUUAUAUGUCUGAUGCCUUUCUCAGUCAAAUGUGAGUUUCUUUUUUCAGUUACCGUACGGUGAGCAAAUGAAUUGUAGCUAACGGCUACAUCGGUGUGUGAAGUUGUGAUGUUGGGUAUCAUUAGCUAGCUAGUUACUGUAACGUUAGUUAACGUAGCUAAUUAGCUAGCUACACAGCUGAAUAGGUGCCCCGUUCAGUUGCCAAACGUUGCAGAUAGAAAUGCCAUGAAUAAAGACGACAUAAAACCUUGGUCUCCUGCUUGGUCUAAAUGUUGGAGAGGCAUGUUUGUUCUAUAUUACAUAUUCCUAUCUGAAUGUCCAAAACGUUGUGUCCUGCUGAACGCGCCCCAGAUUUAGCUAGCGAGCAUGCAAAGGCAUGCUGAUUAAUUUAAUUUGGUGUUUUAGUAGUAGUAGUAAUUGGCUGGAUCAAAAGCCUGCACGUAGCGUCUGACUUGACUGUCUCACCUCAGAUUUUGUUACACAUUCCGCAGAAGAGUAUUCAAAAAAAACAAUUGAGUGUCUAUUUAUAGCUAAGUUCUCAAUUUAUGUGCAAUGUUCUCUCUGUGUCCAUCUCCCUGGCAGACCAGAUGUGAAGCCCGGUAUCCCCAUGGUGAAGCGUGUGAAGGAGGCCCUGAGGAAAGAGGUGCUUCACAAGGAGAAGAACGUUAAGAACCGGCAGAAAACUAUUAAAGAGCUGGAGCAGGAGAGUAGAGAGGCAGCACAGCACAGCACCAUCAGCAACCAGAACAAGGGCUUUGCUCUGCUGCAGAAGAUGGGCUACAAAGCUGGACAAGGCCUGGGGAAGCAGGGUCAGUCCUCUCCAGUUCAACUCAGAAUGUAUCGUAUUACUUCUUAUCUGAAUCAAUUCAACUCGGAAAUAAGUGCCUGAGUUUAAUGUAUUCAGCUAGGAGUUAGGCCAGAUCAUCACAUGAACUAAGUCAGUCAGGCCUCUUUAGUAAUGGAGUUAUUAGUGUUGUAGCGAAGUCAAGGGAUAUUACAGACUGGGGCUUGAACCCUGACCUUUGAUACUGUCAACCCAACACCUUAGCAGUUCCGCUAAGACAUCUGAACCCUGACCUUUGAUACUGUCAACCCAACACCUUAGCAGUUCCGCUAAGACAUCUGAACCCUGACCUUUGAUACUGUCAAGUGUCAACCCAACACCUUAGCAGUUCCGCUAAGACAUCUGAACCCUGACCUUUGAUACUGUCAACCCAACACCUUAGCAGUUCCGCUAAGACAUCUGAACCCUUGACGAGGUCGCUGUGUUGGGAGAAGGUUGUUACAAUAUGAUGAUCAGGCCUGACAUCACAUGGUAGAUUUUUUUUUAAAGUAUUGAUUUCUGUCUUUGUUCCUUUUCGCAGGGGCGGGAAGAGUCGAACCUAUUCCACUAAGUAUCAAAACGGGUGAGAAUGUAUUAACAUAUCCAAGACAAAAUCCUAACCUACACAUUGACAGGGUGGGCAUCAAUGUAUCUUUUUUAAGAGAUGUAGCCUACCUAAUGCAAUUGACCAAUUACCUCUAACAUAACCUUUUGUUGUUGCAAUGGUUGUAAACAUAGUGCAUCAUCCUGUGGUUAUUGUAUCACUCAGACAGAGGGGGCAUCGGGAUGGAGGGAGUGAAGAAGAGGAAAGCAGAGGAGGAACUGGAACAUUACCGUCAGAAAGCCCGGGCCAAACAACACAAUGAGAAACAGUCCCUGGAGGACUUCAGGUAAAGGCCAAGUCCCAAAUGGCACCCUAUUCCCUAUUGGCUCUGGUUAAAAAAAAAAUACUGCACUAUAUAGGGAAUAGUGUACUAUUUGGGACGUAGACAAAGUGUUACAGGAUGACAUGGUCAAUCUCCCAAAUAGAGGUAGCCUAUAUUAUUUAUCUUAGUAAAGAUGCCUAUCUAAGGUUGUUUAUUGCCAAAUCAAAUUGCAUAUAUUUCUGUAUUUCUGUAUGAUUUGUAUAUAUCUGUAUAUAUCUGUGUGUACAUGUGUUGAUAGAUAAUGGCCACACUACCUUCUUUUCACUGUGUACAUGUCUUAAUGCUGUUCUGUGUUCUAAUGCUGUUCUGUGUUCUAAUGCUGUACAUGUGUUCUAAUGCUGUACAUGUGUUCUAAUGCUGUACAUGUGUUCUAAUGCUGUACAUGUGUUCUAAUGCUGUACAUCAGAGUGAGGAUGAGGACAGAGCGGGAGGAGCAAAAGAUUGAGGGGGACCUCAGGAGGAGUCAGAAAGCCUGUGAGCAGCUGGACAGUCAGAAGGUUAGAUACACACACACACACACACACACACAGAGUCUGAAAGCCUGUGAGAAGGUGAGAGACCACAUACCAAUGUCCAUAGUAGCAUACCCCUUACAUGCCCGUUACAUUAGUAGUGUGGAUAUUAGAACAGUCUACCACUAAUCCCACAAAGUCAACUCUACUCUACCAUGUUGACACCAGCCAGGUUUCCAUCCAACAUGUCUAAUGGGAGUAAAGGACAUGUCAGUUCAAACAGGUUGGAAACAGAAAAUGUGUCGGUAAACUUUCCAAAUGUCGACAAGACAAAAUACGCCAGACAAGGUGGGAUCUUUUUGUUACGUGGGAAUUUAACCGCUAUAUAAAUAUUUACGUGCACUAGGUCCUCACACAGCCUUUUAUCAGCCAAAAGUCCAUUUGAUGGAAACAGCUCUGGUGGAAAAUGUGUUUUUAAGCAGAUUUUACAAUUAUUUUCCUGAAAAUCUGUCGCCAAUUGGAUUGAAACCUAGCUACUCACAAAUCUAUUGACAAGAAGAAAAGGCCUUUUAUCGUUAACGCUGACCAUACUGAAUACUCUCCUUUGAACUCCAGGGUGUCACGGUGCCCAGAGAAGACUGGUACUGGCCUAAACUGGUGGUUGAGGAGGAGGAGGAGGAGGGGAGAGGGAAGAGGAGAGGAGGAGGAAGACAAAGUGGAGGAGGAAGACAAAGUGGAGGAGGAAGAGUUAACUGUUAGUACAUUUCAUUUUAAUAUGAUAGAAGCUCAGGAAGGAGACUAAAUAAUAGAGGUUAUAAUGGCAUGAAACAGUAGGACUGAAUUAAGAAUAGACAUUAUAAUGGCAUGAAACAGUAGGACUGAAUUAAGAAUAGACAUUAUAAUGGCAUGAAACAGUAGGGUUGAAUUAAGAAUAGACGUUAUAAUGGCAUGAAACAGUAGGAUUGAAUUAAGAAUAGACGUUAUAAUGGCAUGAAACAGUAGGAUUGAAUUAAGAAUAGACAUUAUAAUGGCAUGAAACAGUAGGAUUGAAUUAAGAAUAGACGUUAUAAUGGCAUGAAACAGUAGGUUUGAAUUAAGAAUAGACAUUAUAAUGGCAUGAAACAGUAGGACUGAAUUAAGAAUAGACGUUAUAAUGGCAUGAAACAGUAGGAUUGAAUUAAGAAUAGACGUUAUAAUGGCAUGAAACAGUAGGAUUGAAUUAAGAAUAGACGUUAUAAUGGCAUGAAAUGGUAGGUUUGAAUUAAGAAUAGACGUUAUAAUGGCAUGAAACAGUAGGAUUGAAUUAAGAAUAGACGUUAUAAUGGCAUGAAACGGUAGGUUUGAAUUAAGAAUAGACGUUAUAAUGGCAUGAAACAGUAGGAUUGAAUUAAGAAUAGACGUUAUAAUGGCAUGAAACAGUAGGACUGAAUUAAGAAUAGACGUUAUAAUGGCAUGAAACGGUAGGUUUGAAUUAAGAAUAGACGUUAUAAUGGCAUGAAACAGUAGGAUUGAAUUAAGAAUAGACGUUAUAAUGGCAUGAAACAGUAGGUUUGAAUUAAGAAUAGACGUUAUAAUGGCAUGAAACAGUAGGAUUGAAUUAAAUCUAGAUUCAUAUUUUGAAGUUCCUCCUGUGACAACCUUGUUUUAAUGAUCUUUUCUAGUCACUGGACAAGCUACAAAUUCUGACAUCAUAUUUAAGAGGGGUCCAUUUUUACUGCAUAUGGUGUGGGACUGCUUACAAUGGUAAGAAUGAAUCCUACUCACUUAAAUAAAACAUACCUGGCCAUGUCCUUCUUGACAAGAGAUCGAACACCACCUCACGCAGUUUGUGACCUACAGAUGAGGAGGAUCUGUGUUCCGAUUGUCCUGGAGACACAGCUGCAGACCACGACGACUGA